AUGGUAGGCCUCCGCGGUGUCGUCGCCGCAUCCCUCGUUGGCCUCCUGCUCUCGGCCGUCGGUGCAAGCGCGGAACCUAGCGUGGACGGCCUCUAUGCACUGGCCAAGAGGCGCCUGCCGCUUCACGCUCACGCGUUCACCUUCCACCUCACCGACGGCGAGGGCGACACGUUCGUCGUGUCCGACGCGUCCCAUGGCGGCGUCAAAGUAGAAUGCACGUCUGUGUCUGGCUGCGCGCGCGGCCUCUACACCUACCUCACCCAGGUUGGAGGCACAGAUAUCUGGUGGACGGGCUCACGUCUCGACAACCUCCCGCUCGUGCUGCCGAAGGUCGGAAAGCCUAUCAAGGGACAGUCUAUCGUGCCCUAUCGGUACCACUUCAACACAGUCACGUUCAGCUACACGACGGCGUUCUGGGACUUCGAACAAUGGGAGCUCGAGCUGGACUGGCUCGCUCUCCGUGGCGUGAACAUCCCGCUCGCCUGGGUCGGCUACGAGUACAUCCUCGCAGAAACCUUCCGCGACGUUGGACUCACUGACGCGAACAUUGCGACGUUCCUCUCCGGGCCCGCCUUCCAGGCGUGGAACAGGUUCGGCAACCUCCAGGGCAGCUGGGGUGGGGACCUCCCCACCCAGUGGAUCGAGGAUCAGUUCGCUCUCCAGAAGAAGCUUGUCGCGCGCAUGGUCGAGCUCGGCAUGACGCCUGUCCUGCCGUCGUUCACCGGGUUCGUGCCCCGCGCGCUCGCAGACCUCUACCCGAACGCAUCCAUUAUCAUCGGCGACCAGUGGUCCGGCUUCCCGUCAUCCCUCACGAACGACUCGUUCCUCGAGCCCUUCGACGACCUCUUCGCGAGCAUGCAGAAAACCUUCAUUUCCAAGCAACGCGACGCGUACGGCGACAUCUCGCACAUCUACACCCUGGACCAGUACAACGAGAUCAACCCCUUCAGCGGCGAUCUGGAGUACCUCCGGAACGUGACUGCAAACACGUUCGCCUCCCUUCAGGCCGCGGAUCCCGAGGCGGUGUGGCUCAUGCAAGGGUGGCUCUUCUUUUCCUCCUCUUCGUUCUGGACCACGGACCGCAUCGAAGCCUACCUCUCCGGCGUCCCCGGAAAGGAGAGCAUGAUCAUCCUCGACCUCUACUCCGAAGCGCAGCCGCAGUGGGAACGUACGUCGUCCUACUUCGGCAAGCAGUGGGUCUGGUGCGAGCUCCACGACUACGGCGGCAACAUGGGCCUCGAGGGAAACCUCUCCGCGCUCACCACGGGCCCGAUCGCAGCUCUGGCCUCCAACGGCAGCAGCAUGGCCGGCAUCGGGCUCACGAUGGAGGGCCAGGAGGGCAACGAGCUCGUGUACGACAUCCUCCUCGACCAGGCGUGGUCCGCGGCCCCGCUCGACCCCGCGGCGUACGUCGACGCGUGGGUCGCGCGCCGCUACGGCCCCGGCGCGGUCCCCGCCGCCGCGCGCGACGCGUGGCGCACGCUCGCCGCGACGGUGUACAACAACGCGGACCCGAGCUCGCAGGCGACGGUCAAGAGCAUCUUCGAGCUCGCGCCCGCGCUCACCGGCCUGACCGGCCGCGGCGGGCACCACCCGACCGCGAUCCCGUACGACACGAACGCGACGAUCGUGCCCGCGCUGGCGGGCCUCCUCGCCGCCCGUGCCGCGCACCCGCGCCUCGCGGCGGUCCCGGAGUUCCAGCGGGACGUCGUCGACGUCGCGCGCCAGCUGCUCGCGAACCGGUUCGUGGACCACUACAACGUGCUGGUCGGCGCGUUCGGCUCGAGCGGCGCGGACGCGGGCGCGGUGCGCGCGGCGGGCGCGACGCUGCUCGACCUCCUCGCGGACCUCGACGCGCUGCUGUACACGGACGAGAACUUCCUGCUGAGCACGUGGAUCGCGGACGCGCGCGCGUGGGCGGGGCGGGACGCGGCGUACGCGGCGUACCUCGAGUACAACGCGCGGAACCAGAUCACGCUGUGGGGCCCGGACGGGGAGAUCGACGACUACGCGUCGAAGGCGUGGGCGGGACUCGUGGGCACGUACUACGCUGUGCGCUGGGAGGCGUUCGUCGGGUACCUGGCGGAGGUGAAGGAGGCGGGCGCGGCGUACGACGCGGCGGCGGUGCUCGCGAAGAACAUCGAGCUCGGGCGGGCCUGGGGCGUGAGGGGGAGCUCGUGGGCGAUGGCGGAGAAGGUGAUGCGGAAGUGGGCGUAG